GAAAAGGGAGAAUUAUUGGGGUGUUACAAUGUAUUAUAACAAAUACUAAAUAUUUGAAAAUAAAAAAAUCGAGACAUAUCUAAUAAGAUUCCUACAUUAGUAUGUUUUGAAGUAUUUUUUUUUUUUUUUUUUUUCUGUAACUGUUACACUUUAAUUGAACACAUUUAUCAAUAUUUAAUUUUACCAUUUAUAUCUUUAAUUUUCUACAAAAUACUCCCCUUAAUCAUAGUACUCCAUAGAAUCAUUCAAUCAUGCAUAAGGUGAUAUAAGUGGAAUUGUGAAUUGUGAAUUGUGAAUUGUGAUACUCUUCAUUUUUAUUCUCCAAACCAAGUUGACAAACUUUACUUAACUUUAUUUCCCCAAAGUCACAAGAAAUAAUCUAAAGCAAGAUCUACCUUCUUAUCCCCAAAACUACAAAGUUUUCUUUUUAAUAAUUUUAUUUAUUUAUAUAUUUAAAUUUCUUUGUAAUAAUAAAAUCAGAUCACGUAAAAAUAAAAAUAAAAAAUAAAAAAAAUAAAAUAAAAAAUCAAGUAAAAUCUCCAUUAAUUUCAUCCCUCUCUCUUCUCUACCAACUGCUACACAGAGCUCACACCUCACUGGUACAACACUACCUAGGAGUAAGAGCUCACUCCUUCCAACUCCACCUACCUCAAUUCAUCUCAAUCCCUUAAGAUUUUCCAACAAAUUCACACCAUUUUCAAUGGCAAUGUCAUUUACAAUGGGUCUAAACUUCCUCCUUUUAGUAGCAAUGGUUGCUACAAACAUCCUCUCACUCUACCACCUUUCUUCCACCACCUCUUUCCUCCGCCAAAAACCACCUUCCCCCACCACCACCGCCGUCCCCCAACACCUUCUCCGUCAACUCCAAACCAUACGCGCCACCAUUACCCACCUCACGCGCCUCCACCCUGAUAAAACCUCGGUAUCGGCUUCGACUAACCCCACCAAAACCCCACCUUCAGAUCUCCUCAUUUAUAGCAAUCUUGCUCCUAUUGCUUCCUCUUGUCAUGAUUUUCCUGAUCUUCUUCAUCAAUACAUGAAUUACACCCCUUUUUCUACUUGUCCUAAAGAUAACAAUCUUGCUGAAUCUUUGAUUUUGAGAGGCUGCCAUCCACUUCCUAGAAGGAGGUGCUUUGCUAGGACUCCAUCGAAUCCGAGGUUGUCGAAUCCUGAUUCGAAUGUGAUCUGGGGUUCUUACCCUUCUGCUACUUGUAAUAGUUUCAAGUGCUUAAACCCUAAAUUGGGUUUUGACCCAAAUCUUGAUUCAACCCAGUUUUUGUCUUAUAAAACUGAUCUUGAUCUUACAAUUCCACAGCUUAUUGAUAUUGCUAAAAGGGCUAAUUCUGUGAUUAGAUUAGGGGUUGAUGUUGGGGGUGGAACAGGAACUUUCGCGGCAAAAAUGAAAGAAAGGAAUGUUACUAUUUUGACUACAACAAUGAAUUUGGGUGCUCCUUAUAGUGAGUUUAAUGCUAUUAGAGGGGUGGUGCCAUUGCACGCGCCACUCCAGCAACGAUUACCGGUUUUCGAUGGUGUUAUUGACUUGGUUCGAUGUGGGCACGCCGUGAAUAGGUGGAUUCCGACUACGGCGAUGGAGUUUCUAUUGUUUGAUGUUGAUAGAGUGUUGAGGGGUGGUGGGUAUUUGUGGGUUGAUCAUUUCUUCUGUAAAGGGGGUGAUUUGGAGAAGGUUUAUAAGCCAUUGAUUAAUAAAUUAGGGUAUAAGAUUGUGAAAUGGGCAACUGGGAGUAAGAUGGAUUCAAGUGGUGUGAAGAAUGGAGAGGUUUAUUUGACUGCUCUUUUGCAGAAACCCAAGUUAAGAUGAUUUAGGAUAAACCUGAAUUUCUUUCUUACAUACUUUCUUAUAUAACAGGUGUAUCAAUUGUAGAAUAUCCAGUCUUACACGGGUCCUCUGAAGAAGUGUUGUUGCUGAAGUCAACUUGGACAUCAACUGUUAUAGCUCCUAGCAAUUGUGCUGCAAACUUAAAAGGUAUAUGACUUUCGUCCCAAGGGAGCAUCCAGGAAGGAAAAUGCAGUCCAAAUUGUAUGCACAACAGGACAUACCGAUGUUUAUUCUUUUUACUUUUCUUUUUGCUCAGAAUUAAAUUAGGGCAUUCCUGUUAAGCUUAGAAAUAAAUAGUGUUCUGUAGUAGAGCAUCAUUUUUUCAUAAUUUAUGUAAUGAAAAAGUAAACCUGAUAAACUUGGAAAGAAUUGUUAGUAUGGUUUCCAAGAUAGCGGAGCUGAAAAAGGGCAGUACCCUGUUGAAAGGCUGAUAUAAUAUAGUGAAUUUGCAUCAUGAGUUAA